AUGGAUGAGGACGUCGGUCUUCCAGUUGUCGGUGUCGAUGUUGCAGUCGACGUCGAUGUUCUGAAGAUCUACCUGGAGAAACUUCUCGUGUUACUUCUCGGGGCGGAGCAGGCGGACCUCGAUAUAUCCUUGUUCUCGUUCCCAGACUCGGCAGAACGUCUGCGCCGCUUUGCUAUUGAUCCUCAGACUCCAGCCCUGUAUGUGCUUAAGGAGAUCGAGUCUGCCAGUGACGGUUCCAAUUCGUCGCAGGCAUUCUCGUACUCGGUCAGCCACGAGCUGACAUAUCAUAGCAAUCAUGUUGGUUCGCUUGCCCUCAUCAAGCGCGGUCCUACCAUCGAUACCUCAAGACCUUUGCAAACUCAGGUCCAGUUCAUCAACCUGCCUGGCCCUGCUGCGAACGACGGUGGACUUGGUCUCUCUAGUCCAUACGAGGCUCUUCACUCCUAUAUCCAUUAUGCCGUCAGUCCCUACUUCAAUGCUUAUGUGAGCACCAAGGGCGGCGCCGAGAGCGGUGCUUCAAGCAAGCGGCCUGAUGAUAAGGAUGGCAAGAUGGGAAUCCCAAUGGCUAAGAAAAAGAUUGCCGAACUGGAACUGUCUCUCUUGCAUCUGCAGCAAAACGUCGAGAUUCCCGAGAUUUCAUUGAAUAUCCACCCCGUUGUGCAGCGAGCCAUUGACGAAUGCCGUGCUGAGGGUCGCCGUGUCACAGUGGAUGCUCUUGAUUCAUCGUGCUUUUCAGACUCGACUUUCUUGAACAAGCUGCAAGGAGAUGUCAAUGGGUGGAUUAAGGAGAUUCAGAAGGUCACCAAGCUGUCACGAGACCCCGCUUCAGGAACAGCCAUCCAAGAGAUUAACUUCUGGCUCAGCAUGGAGAGGGCGCUGGAGAAGAUUGACGAGCAACUGAAGAGCGAUCAAAUUGUCCUCACCCUCGACAUUUUGAAACAUGCGAAGCGUUUUCAUGCGACAGUUAGUUUUAUCGCGGACACUGGUUUGAAGGAGGGAACUGAGAAAGUUCACAAGUAUAACCAGCUUAUGAAAGAUUUCCCAUUGAACGAGCUGUUGGCCGCAACGGAUGCGAAUAAGGUCCGCGACUCACUCCUACAGAUUUUCGGACAUAUCAACAAGAAGCUGAAGCUUUCGCCCUAUCCUAUUCGGCGAGCUUUGCCCCUCGUUGAAGCGAUUUCGAAGGAUCUUAACGACCAGUUGCUACGAGUAUUGGGAAGCAGGCGAUUGAUGUAUAUGGACUAUGAUGAUUUCGAAAAGGCGACUGCGGGAGCUGUGGAGGUCUUCAAGACCUGGGACGAGGUCAUUAAGGAAUUUACCAAUGUUGCUCGUGAGGUGACCCGCAAACGAUCGGAGAAAUUUCUCCCGAUCAAGAUCAACCCAGCACACGCUAAGCUCCAGGAGCGCAUUCUUUUUGUUCGCAACUUCAGGAAGCAGCACGAGCAGCUCCAUCAGACCAUCUUGAAGGUCAUGACAAAGCCUAGCGGCUUUGCGACCAAGUCUUCUUUAGAGGUUGAGGAGACCGAGAGCGUUGGUCUCAGCGAUGUAAAUGCAGUCGAGGAGGGCACAGAGAUUUGGGUGACUGCAGAGGUGUCUUACAAUGAGCGAGUCUCCAGGGUCGAGAACCAGAUUAUUGCUCGACUUCGUGACAGACUUGGAAUUGCCAAGAACGCCAACGAGAUGUUCCGUGUGUUCUCAAAGUUCAAUGCCCUUUUCGUCCGCCCCAAGAUUCGUGGCGCCAUUCAAGAAUAUCAAACGCAGCUGAUUGAGAAAGUGAAGGACGACAUCAAAAAGCUGCAUGAUAAGUUCAAGAUGCAAUACCGUCAUUCGGACGCCUACCACAUGUCGCAGUUGCGUGAUCUGCCCCCGAUCUCUGGACAUAUCAUCUGGGCGCGUCAGAUUGAGCGUCAGCUCUCGACAUACAUGAAGCGCGUGGAGGAUGUCCUCGGAAAGGGCUGGGAAAUGUAUGCAGAGGGUCAAAAGCUACAGAGUGAGAGCAGCAGUUUCAGGAAGAAGCUGGAUACCAGGCCGAUCUACGAGGCAUGGUUCAACGAGAUUACCCGUCGUGAGCUCACAGUGUCUGGUCCAUUGUUCGAGAUCACCCGCAACCGUGCCCAAGGAAACGUUCUACAGCUCGGGGUGAAUUUUGAUGCCCAGAUCAUCACCCUUUUUAAGGAGGUCCGCAAUCUCCUCUGGCUAAAAUAUCAGGUUCCACACAAUGUCAGCAUCAUUGCCAAGGAUGCCAAACGAGUCUAUCCCUUCGCUGUCAGUUUGAUGGAGACUAUCCGCACUUACAGCCAAAUGGUCAACAAAGUUCAGCGCCACGGAGAGAUUGCCACACUUGUCGCAGGAUAUCGCAACGACGCGCAAAAGAUGGUUUCUAAGGGUGUAAACCUUCGAUGGGAGCACUUUGCCAACACGUACGCCAACGUCUCUGCUUACAUUGCCCCCGGCAGUGCUGUGGAUGCACGAGAGAACCGCCAUAUCAUGUUCGUGCGCGAAUUUGCAUCCGUGGUAUCGAUUUUCCAGGACAAGGUGGACUCGCUCAUCUCGAUCUAUGACGAGAUUGUGAAGUUGAUCGAUGAACUUCCCGUCUGUCUGUUCGUUCACUCGACGUUUGCCAGUAUUCUCAUGCGCAUUCAGAAGCUGAUCGAUCGCCUCAACCUGGAAUCUUACUCUAACUUGGAUCAGUGGGUUGCUCAGCUUGAUGCCAGAGUGGAGGCGCUGCUUGUUGGUCGUUUGCAACAGGCGAUCAAGGCAUGGAUGCUUGAGUAUCAGCGUGAUGACCACGAAGAAGGCGCUGCUGAUUCCAGGGAGUUGACCAUUCACAGCAAGAACAAGAAGCGUCGCACGAACCGCGAAACAGAACGCGCAAAUGUUGUGACCAAGGCGAACGAGGUGAAGCCGGCUUUAAAGGUCCUUGUCCACGAGAUUCGCAUCAAAAACCAGGUCAUGUAUCUCGAUCCUCCAGUUGAGCAGACCCGCGCUAGCUGGUACAGCCAGCUGCACGAUUGGCUCUCGGUUGUCUGCACGUUGACCAGAAUUCAGAGCUCCAGAUAUGAGAUUGGACUUGUCGUUCAAGACAGUGUCGAAGAUUUGACCUACUCUGACUUGCUGACCAAGAUCCCAGACGACUCUCUUCCUAAGGCAUACGAGAUGAUUGAGGCCAAAGUCACGCAAGUCAAGGAAUACGUCGACAUCUGGCUGCAGUAUCAAUCACUUUGGGAUUUGGAGUCCCAGUAUAUCUUUACUCUCCUUGGUGAUGAUUUGGCUAAGUGGCAGCAGCUCCUUCUGGAGAUCAAGAAGGCGCGCACAACAUUCGACAACUCUGAAACUGAGCAGUCUUUCGGUUCUGCGGUUAUUGACUACGAGCAGGUCCAGUCCAAGGUGAACGCAAAGUACGAUUCUUGGCAGCGCGAGGUGCUCAACCGCUUUGGCAACAUGCUGGGAACAUCCAUGAAGGAGUUCCACGGUGCAGUUUCCAAGGCCCGAUACGAUCUUGAGUUGCACUCUGUCGACAGUAACGCAACUGGUGAGGCAGUCACUUUCAUCACCUUUGUUCAAGAUCUCAAGCGCAAGGUCGCCAAGUGGGAGCACGAUGUGGAGCUCUUCCGACAGGGCCAAAAAACUUUGGAGCGUCAGCGCUACCAGUUUCCCGGCGACUGGCUCUACUGCGAUCAGGUUGACGGCGAAUGGAGCGCGUUCAACGAGAUUUUGAGCCGCAAGAACAACGCCAUUCAGGAUCAGAUUGCUGGACUGCAGAUGAAGAUUGUGACCGAGGACAAGUUGGUGGAGCAGAAAAUCUCGGAGAUCUUGCAGGAUUGGGAGAAGAACAAGCCAGUGCAAGGAAACAUCAAGCCCGAUAUUGCCACUAACACCCUCAACAUUUUUGAAGGGCGUGUCACUCGAGUCAAGGAGGAGUUUGACAUGGUUUGCCGCGCCAAGGAGGCCCUCGACCUUGACCUCUCCAUGGACGAUCGCCUGGAACCAGUCCUGGAAGAACUUCGCGACCUCAAGUCUGUCUGGAGCUCUCUGGCCAAGAUCUGGCAAUCCAUCUUUGAGAUCAAGGACACCCUCUGGUCGACUGUAGUUCCUCGCAAGAUCAGAACUCAGCUGGAUACCUUGAUGAACUCAACCAAGGAUAUGCCCAAUCGCAUGCGUCAAUAUGCAGCCUUCGAAUACGUCCAAGAAUCCCUUCGAUUGUAUCUCAAGGUCAACCCGUUGUUGACUGACCUCAAGUCCGAGGCUCUCCGCGAGCGUCACUGGCGUCAGCUAUUCAAGGCUCUUCGUGUUGAAGGGCGCCUGACUCUGUCUGAAAUGACUGUUGGCAACAUUUGGGACCUCGACCUCAGACGCAACGAAAGUCUUGUCCGCGACAUCAUUGUCGUCGCUCAAGGAGAGAUGGCUCUUGAGGAGUUCUUGAAGCAGGUUCGCGAGACAUGGACCAACUAUGUACUCGAUUUGGUUAACUACCAGAACAAGUGCCGACUUAUCCGUGGUUGGGACGAUCUAUUUGCCAAGUGCAGCGAGAACCUCAACUUUUUGUCAGCAAUGAAGCUAUCUCCAUACUACAAGGUCUUUGAGGAGGAAGCGGCAGGAUGGGAAGAGAAAUUGAACCGCAUCCACGUUCUUUUCGAUGUUUGGAUCGAUGUGCAGCGUCAAUGGGUUUACCUGGAGGGUAUCUUUACUGGAAGCCACGACAUCAAGCACCUGCUUCCUGUUGAGUCGUCGCGUUUCCAGAACAUCAAUUCUGAGUUCUUGACUGUCAUGAAGAAGGUCUACAAGUCCCCCUUUGUCUUGGACGUCCUCAACAUUGCCAACAUCCAAAAGUCACUCGAGCGUUUGGCCGAUCUCCUGGGCAAGAUUCAGAAGGCACUGGGAGAGUACCUGGAAAGGGAACGUUCUUCUUUUCCUCGCUUUUACUUUGUGGGAGACGAAGAUUUGCUCGAGAUUAUCGGAAACAGCAAGGACGUCGUCCGUAUUCAGAAGCACUUCAAGAAGAUGUUCGCUGGUAUUAGCAGCAUUAUCCUCAGCGAAGACGUGACCACCGUUCUUGGUAUGUCUUCCAAGGAGGGCGAGAAUGUUAUGUUCAAAACCCCUGUGUCGAUCAAGGACAACCCAAGGAUCAACGACUGGCUGACACUUGUCGAAAAGGAGAUGCGUAUGUCCUUGGCGCAGAUCAUGGCCGAGUCCGUGCAAGAGAUGAACGUUUUUUACUUUGCCGAGACCCUCGACCCAACUAUGUUCCUGAGCUGGAUGGAUAAGGUUCCUGAUCAGCUGGUCGUUCUUACGUCGCAGACCACUUGGACUACCUCCGUCGAGCGCGCCCUUGCUGCCAUGGGAGAGUCUGGCGCGUGGAAUGAGCAGUUGAUGCAACAGGCCCUCGAUUAUGUCCAGCGAGCCCUCGGCGUUUUGGCGGAUACAGUUCUUCAAGAUCUUGCCCCCAUUCUGCGCAAGAAGUGCGAGCAUUUGAUUACCGACCUUGUUCACCAGCGCGACGUGAUCCGUGUCCUCCUCCGCAACAAGAUUUCUUCCUCAAAAGACUUUACUUGGUUGUCUCAGAUGCGAUUCUACUUCAACUCCAGCCAUGAGGAUCCGCUACAGUGCUUGACCAUCAACAUGGCCAACGCCUCCUUCUUGUACGGCUACGAAUAUUUUGGUGUCACCGAGCGCCUAGUCCAGACGCCACUGACAGAUCGCUGCUACCUCACUCUCACGCAGGCAUUGGAAUCGCGUCUUGGUGGUUCGCCCUUUGGACCCGCCGGUACAGGAAAGACGGAGUCCGUCAAGGCGCUGGGUAUUCAACUCGGUCGCUUUGUACUUGUCUUCUGCUGUGACGAGAACUUUGACUUCCAGGCUAUGGGUCGUAUUUUCAUCGGUCUUUCGCAGGUCGGCGCCUGGGGAUGCUUUGACGAGUUCAACCGUUUGGAGGAGAGAAUUUUGUCCGCCGUCUCACAGCAAGUUCAGACGAUUCAGCUCGGUCUCAAGGAAGCUAAGACCAACCCGAACCACGAGAUUGAGUUGGUGGGCAAGAAUGUGAGGGUCAACACCAACACCGGUAUCUUCAUUACCAUGAAUCCUGGAUAUGCUGGACGAUCCAACUUGCCCGACAAUCUCAAGAAGCUGUUCCGCAGCAUUGCCAUGACCAAGCCCGAUAGAGAACUCAUCGCUCAGGUCAUGUUGUCGUCGCAGGGUUUCCGCACGGCCGAAAUGUUGGCGUCCAAAGUCAUUCCCCUAUUCAACCUGUGCGACGAGAAACUGUCCCCUCAAUCGCAUUACGACUUUGGUCUUCGUGCACUUAAGAGUGUACUUGUCAGUGCCGGUAACAUGAAGCGUGAUCGCCUUCAGGAACUUCGGUCAUCCAACCCUGAGAAUCUCACCGCCGAGUUUGAGCGCAUUUCGGAGGGCGUCCCUGAACAGGAGAUUUUGAUUCAGAGUAUCAGGGAGACCGUUGUACCCAAGUUGGUUGCGGAUGAUAUUUCGAUUUUGAUGGGUCUUCUUAAGGCUGUGUUCCCUGGAGUCGAAUAUAACCCUGUCAGUCUGCAGCCCUUGCGUAAGGCCAUCAAGGAUAUCUGCGAUAAGCGUCGUUUGGUUGUCGGAGACCUUUGGAUGGAAAAGAUCUUGCAGUUGUAUCAGAUUCAGCGCAUUCACCACGGAUUGAUGAUGGUCGGACCUUCAGGAAGCGGCAAAUCCAACGCCUGGCAGGUCCUGCUCGCAGCCUUGGAGGUUGUUGAAGGCGUUGAGGGGCAGUCGUAUGUAAUUGAUCCCAAGGCCAUGUCCAAGGAGGCCUUGUACGGUGUUCUGGACCCCACGACCCGAGAGUGGACCGAUGGUCUGUUCACUAAUAUUCUCCGCAAGAUUGUCGACAAUGUCCGUGGCGAGAGCACCAAGCGUCAUUGGAUUAUCUUUGACGGAGACGUUGAUCCUGAAUGGGUUGAGAACUUGAACAGUGUCCUGGACGACAAUAGGCUAUUAACUCUUCCCAACGGAGAGCGAUUGAGUUUGCCGCCAAAUGUCCGCAUCAUGUUUGAAGUCGAGACUCUGAAGUAUGCCACACUCGCCACUGUCAGUCGCUGCGGAAUGGUCUGGUACAGUAGCGAUGUCAUUGAUCGCUCGAUGGUCUUCUCCAACUACUUUGCUACUCUUCGUAAUGUGCCCCUGGAUGAAGUCGACGAGGAGGUCACUGUUCGCCGUGUCGAGACCGAGGAGAACCGCGCUGCAUCACCCAUCCUUCUUACCCAGCAGGCUUGCGCCAGCAUUCUCGAGCCCCACUUUGCUGAGGAUGGGCUUAUUCCGAGAGCCCUGGAUUAUGCAGCUACCCUCGAGCAUAUCAUGGACUUCACAACGAUGCGCGUCCUGGGCACUCUUUUCUCGCUCCUCAACAAGAGUGUCCGCAACGUUAUCCAGUACAACAGCCAGCACUCUGAUUUCCCCAUGGGUGCGGAACAGCUCGACAGCUACAUGUCCAAGCGCCUUGUAUUCUCGGCCAUCUGGAGUUUCUCAGGAGAUGCCAAACUGGAGCUCCGUACCCGUCUCGGAGACUUCGUUCGCGACGUGACCACCAUUGAACUGCCCCAGAUUGCCAAUAUGUCCAUUAUUGAUUUCGAUGUCAACAUCAACUCUGGUGAUUGGGUUCCAUGGCAGGCCAGGGUCCCUGUUAUUGAGAUCGAGACCCACACCGUGGCGGAGGCUGAUGUUGUUAUUCCAACAGUUGACACUGUUCGUCACGAGGAGGUCCUUUACUCGUGGCUCUCUGAGCACAAGCCGUUGAUCCUCUGCGGUCCUCCUGGUUCCGGAAAGACCAUGACACUAUUCAGCGCUCUACGAAAGCUGCCAGAGAUGGAAGUCGUCGGUCUUAACUUCUCCAGUGCUACUACUCCCGAACUGAUUCUCAAGACGCUCGAACAGUACUGCGAGUACCGUAAGACGCCCAAUGGAGUCUUGUUGUCGCCUGUAUUGCUAGGUCGCUGGCUUGUGGUCUUCUGUGAUGAAAUCAAUCUGCCGUCCAUGGACAAGUACGGUACUCAGCGUGUGAUCUCAUUUAUGCGUCAAUUAGUCGAGUGCGGUGGUUUUUGGAGGACAACGGAUAAGUCUUGGGUCAAGCUGGAGCGCAUCCAGUUUGUUGGCGCCUGUAACCCUCCUACCGACCCUGGUCGUAUCCCUCUUACUCAUCGUUUCCUGCGCCAUGUCCCACUGGUCAUGGUCGACUAUCCCGGAGAGAUCUCGCUCAAGCAGAUUUACAGCACCUUCUGCCGUGCUAUGCUUAAAGUUGUCCCAUCCCUUCGUGCCUAUUCCGAGCCUCUCACUGCCGCCAUGGUUGAACUGUAUCUCUGCUCCCAGGCUCAUUUCGUUCCUGAGAUGCAAGCUCAUUACAUUUACAGUCCUCGUGAGCUGACGCGCUGGAUGCGUGGUAUUUUUGAGGCGAUCAAACCUAUGGAGACACUCAGUGUCGAGGGCUUGGUGCGCAUCUGGGCCCAUGAAGCUCUUCGUUUAUUCCAGGAUCGUCUCGUGACAGAGGAGGAACGCAAAUGGACCGACGACGAGAUCGACCGUAUUGCCAUGAAGCACUUCCCCGGUCUCGAUCAGGAAGCAGCGCUGGGUCGUCCCAUCUUAUAUUCGAACUGGCUCUCGAAGUACUAUGUUCCAGUCGACCGCGAAGAACUCCGUGACUAUGCCAAGGCUCGUCUCAAGGUCUUUUAUGAGGAGGAGCUGGAUGUUCCACUCGCGCUCUUCAAUGAUGUUUUGGACCACGUCUUGCGUAUCGACCGUGUCUUCCGUCAGAUGCAGGGCCACAUGCUGCUGAUCGGUGUCAGUGGAAGCGGAAAGACCACCUUGUCGCGCUUUGUUGCCUGGAUGAAUGGUCUGAGUGUUUUCCAGAUCAAGGUUCACAACAAGUACACAGCCGCUGACUUCGACGAGGAUCUCCGAGUUGUGCUUCGUCGCGCUGGUUGCAAGGGUGAAAAGGUGUGCUUCAUCCUGGACGAGUCCAACGUUCUUGAUUCUGGAUUCUUGGAGAGGAUGAACACUUUGUUGGCCAACGCCGAGGUCCCUGGACUGUUUGAAGGGGACGAGUACGCUUCGUUGAUGACGGCGUGUAAAGAGGGAGCUCAGAGAGAUGGUCUGAUGUUGGACUCGAGCGAAGAGCUGUACAAAUGGUUCACUCAACAAGUCAUGAAGAACCUGCAUGUCGUGUUCACCAUGAAUCCGCCCGAGGAAGGAUUGGCUUCCCGUGCUGCAACCUCGCCUGCCUUGUUCAACCGUUGUGUACUCGACUGGUUUGGUGACUGGUCCGACCAGGCAUUCUUCCAAGUUGGCCAGGAAUUCACCACCAGCUUGGAUCUGGAUCGACCCCAUUAUUCGCCUCCUCAAAACUUCCCAGUAGUGUACCGCAAUCUUCCUGAGAUGCCGACUCAUCGCCAUGCUAUCACCAAUGCGUUUGUCUAUGUGCAUCAGUCGCUCUAUGAGGUGAACGCUAAGUUGAGUAAGAGAAACGGAAGGCGCGGCUAUGUUACCCCUCGUCACUACCUCGACUUUAUUCGUCACUAUGUCCGUCUCUAUAACGAGAAGCGUGAGGAUCUCGAGGAACAGCAGCGACACUUGAACGUUGGUCUUGACAAACUGAAGGACACUGUCGUGAAGGUUGAGGAACUCCGAAAAAGUCUUGCCAUAAAGAAGAGCGAGCUCGAGAUCAAGAAUCGACAGGCCAACGACAAGCUGCAGAAGAUGGUGGCUGACCAGCAGGAGGCUGAAACAAAGAAAAAGAGAUCGGAGGAGAUCCAGGUUGCGCUGGGGAUCCAAAAUAAGGAGAUUGCUCGCCGUAGGCAUGUUGUCAUGGCUGAUCUUGCCAAUGCCGAACCCGCUGUUAAGGAAGCCCAGAAGGCUGUUACGGACAUUAAGAAGGCUCAGCUGACUGAGGUGCGUUCUAUGGGUAACCCUCCCGAGGCUGUCAAGAUGGCCAUGGAAUCUGUCUGCACUCUUCUUGGACACAGGCUGGAGAGCUGGAAGACGGUGCAGGCAAUUAUUCGUCGCGAUGACUUUAUCUCCAGUAUUGUCAACUUUGAUACGGAUCGACAAAUGACGCCCAACAUGCGCGCCAGGAUGAAGGCCGAAUACCUUAGCAACCCCAAUUACAACUUUGAGACUGUGAACCACGCCAGUAAGGCCUGCGGUCCUCUGGUCAAGUGGGUCAUUGCUCAGGUGAACUUUUCUGAGAUUCUGGACAAAGUCGGACCUCUUCGUCAGGAAGUUCAGGAGCUUGAGGAUAGUGCCCAGGCAACAGUCAUGCAGGCGUCCAGCAUUGAGAAAAUGAUCGUGGAGCUUGAGAACAGUAUCGCGACUUACAAGGAGGAAUACGCGGUUCUUAUUUCAGAGGUUGGUUCUAUCAAGAGCGAGAUGGAGCGCGUCAAGUCUAAGGUUGACCGCAGUGUUACCCUGCUCGAUUCGCUCUCGUCUGAGAAGGUUCGUUGGGAGGCUGGAAGCCAUUCGUUCGACACCCAGAUGGCGACCACUGUCGGAGACGUUCUGCUGGCAUCAGCUUUCCUGGCCUAUGGCGGUUACUUUGACCAACAGUAUCGUGAGCUCUUGUUCCACAAGUGGGCGGACCACCUCACUAAGGCUGGUAUUCAGUUCAAGACCGACAUUUCACUUGCAGAAUACCUUUCCACAGCAGACGACCGCUUGUCCUGGACUGAGCGCUCUCUUCCUGCAGACGACCUCUGUGUGGAAAAUGCUAUCAUUCUCCAGCGCUUCAAUAGAUAUCCUCUCAUCAUUGAUCCCUCUGGUCAGGCCACGACUUUCCUGAUGAACGAGUACAAGGAUCGCAAGAUCACCGUGACCAGUUUCCUCGACGACUCCUUCCUCAAGAACCUGGAGAGUGCCUUGCGUUUCGGUAACCCUCUUCUGAUCCAGGAUGUCGAGCACUUGGACCCCAUUAUGAACCCCGUCCUGAAUAGGGAACUGCGACGCACUGGUGGUCGUGUCCUGAUCCGUCUGGGUAACCAAGACAUUGAUUUCUCGCCAGCCUUCACCCUGUUCCUGUCGACCAGAGACCCGUCUGUCAAUUUCCCACCAGAUGUAUGCAGUCGAGUGUCCUUCGUCAAUUUUACAGUGACAAGAGGCAGUCUACAGAGCCAAUGCUUGAGCAAGGUGCUCAAGGCAGAGCGACCUGAUGUGGAUCGUCGCCGUGCAGACCUUAUCAAGUUGCAAGGAGAAUUCAAGGUCAAGCUGCGUCAUCUUGAAAAGUCGUUGCUUCAAGCUUUGAACGAGUCGAAGGGCAACAUCUUGGACGACGACAAGGUCAUCGGGACUCUCGAGACCUUGAAACGUGAGGCUGCAGAUGUCACUCGCAAGGUGGAGGAGACCGAAGGCGUUAUGCAGGAGGUUGAACAGACCACGGCUAUCUACACGCCGUUGGCACACUCGUGCAGUUCCAUCUUCUUUGUUAUGGAGCAGCUCAACCGUCUGCACCACUUUUACCAGUUCUCGCUCGACUUUUUCUCGGACAUCUUCAACUUUGUGCUCCAUGAGAACCCUGAACUCAAUGGUGUCAAGGAUUAUGGACAACGCCUGGACAUUCUCACGCGCGAUCUCUUCAACGUCUCUUACAGAAGAGCGAGCCGCGCCUUACUGCACGACGACCAUAUCACAUUUGCUAUGCUACUUUCACAGAUCAAGAUUCGUGGAACAUCCUCUCAGGCGGACGAGACCGAGUACGACUUUUUGCUCAGUGCCGAUUCUAAUCCCAAGGGUGAAGUCACGGCCGAGUUCACGGAAGAACAGCGUGCUGAGAGGAUGGAUGAGUUCUCGAAGCUGGCAACUUUCAAGGAUAUGCCCGCUCACAUUGCGAGCAACCCUGACGCGUGGGCCAAGGUUUGGAAUGAUUCCAAGGCUGAAGUACAUGUUCCUGUGUUCUGGGAGCCCUCUCAAGUCGAUGCAAUUAACGAAUUUAAGAAGUUGUUGGUGAUCAAAUGUUUCCGCCCAGAUCGUCUCCUGGCCGCAACAACCAAGUACAUCGAUCAGUUAUUCACGCCCAACUUUGUUAGCCAGGCCGACUUGGAUCUCGCCAAGUUAGUGCGCGAAGAAGUCAAGGCAGCAACGCCCAUCUCGCUUUGCUCUGUGCCCGGCCACGAUGCCGCGUAUCGUGUCGACAACCUGGCGCAGGAGCAAGGUGUUCGCCUUGCCUCUGUUGCCAUGGGAUCUCAGGAAGGUUUUAGCUUGGCAGACCAGGCGAUUGCGUCUGCGACGAAAACUGGAAACUGGGUCUUGCUCAAGAACGUGCAUCUGGCACUCACUUGGCUCGGUCAGCUUGACAAGCGUUUGCACAGCUUGAAGGCACACCCGAACUUUAGGCUGUUCUUGACGAUGGAAACGAACCCCAAGGUGCCUGUGAAUUUGCUUCGACUUUCACGUUCCCUUCGCGGCAUCCCUGCAGCCCGCCAUGCCAAGGGCCCGACCGAGCGCGCUCGUCUCUACUUUAUGGUUGCUUGGCUUCACGCGGUUGUUUUGGAGCGUCUUCGUUAUGUACCCUUGGGAUGGACAAAGGCAUACGAGUUUAAUGACUCUGAUCAGGACUGUGCGUUGAGCACCAUUGAUGUCUGGCUCGACACUGUAGGUCAGGGUCGCGCGAACGUCUCACCAGACCGUAUUCCGUGGGAUGCCAUCCGCACGCUGUUGUGUCAGUCUGUGUACGGAGGUCGUGUGGAUAGCGAUGUGGAUCAGCAACUGCUGGAGAGCUUUGUGAACUCGUUUUUCAGGCCUGAGUGCUACGAUCUGGAGUACAAGCUGGUGGAAACGACUGGAGACGAUGCGGGCUUGACUGCGCCCGAAGGAACGAAGAUGUCUCAGUUCUUGGAAUGGGUCGGUGAGCUGCCUGAACGUGAGCCUCCAACGUGGCUGCGACUCCCGCCUAAUGCCGAGCGCGUCCUGUCUACACACAAAGCUGUUACUAUGCUUUCCAAGAUCAAGAAGAUCAAGAGCCUUGUGGAUGACGACGAUGAUGACCUGUAG